UAAAAUAAAUAUUUACGUAUAUAAAACUGUAAACAAACACCCGCUCGGUUGCGCGGGUUGAUUGGUUAGGAUUAAAAAUAGUAAUACAUAUGGAAGGAGAGGAACGUUGUAAGGCUUCGUUCUCUCGGUUCCCUCAAGCGAUCAUGUAUCCUUCGUAUUGAUCCUAUAUCUCCACAAUCGCCAUCAACAAAACUUAUCUCCUUCUUUUACUCUCCACUUGUUAUCUCUCUUUCAGAUCUUUUGAUUGUAUUUUGUAUCUUUGAAGUUGAAUUUAAGGGUUAGGUUAACAGGUUUGGGACCUAUGUUUCGUUUCUAGGACGAAGGUGCUGCAGACAGGACAAUGACCUUUCUGAGCCAUACAAAACGUGUGACCACACGGCCUAAAAUAAACUUGAGGUCCAGUGAAGAGAAAAGUAAAUUAAACUUGAUCAUACAAAACGUGUGACCACACGGCCUAAAAUAAACUUGAGGUCCACUGAAGAGAAGGAAACUAAAGUUUUGUUGAAAAUAAAUUUUCUAAAUUAUUUUUUUGUUAUCAAAAUUUCCUUUUCCAAAAUACACUAUGAAAAGGAAAAUAGGGUUUGGUGACUAUAAAUACAGCAAGUGGUUACGACUUCAUUCAAUCUAAAGUAAAGGAAGCAAACAACUAAAAAGCAUACAAGUACUAGAAGCUGGUGCGGGGUUUUUUGUUUGGUUUGUUUGUUUGUUGAAGAGAGUCGUGGAUAUGAUGAUGAAGAAGAAGUCAGAACGUAGGAAUCUACCAGUAUGGGGGCAAAAAGAAGAGUUUGUCCGAACAUUGAAGGAGAAUCAGAUGGUGAUGGUGACGGGGGAGACCGGUAGUGGUAAAACAACGCAGAUCCCACAGUUUGUUUUAGAAGCAAUGAUGGAUGAAAUCCCUAGCUCUGAUGAUCAGUGGUUGAUUGGGUGCACGCAGCCUCAUCGAGUUGCAGCCAUGACUGCGGCACGUCGUGUCGCUGAAGAGAUGGAUGUAAAGCUCGGGGAAGAAGUCGGUUACACAGUCCGUUUCGAGGAUCUCAGUAGCCCCCGAACGGUGCUCAAGUACCUGACUGAUGUAAUGCUUCUGAAGGAAGCUAUGGUGGAUCCACUCUUUUUGAGAUACAAAGUGAUUAUCGUUGACGAAGUUCAUGAUAGAAGUUUAGCCACAGAUUUACUUAUUAGUAUUCUUAACCGCACCUUGAUUAGCCGACCUGAUCUUAAGCUUGUUGUUAUGAGUGCAACCCUACAGGUUUUUAACAAAAGGUAUUUUAGAGGUGCGCCUCUCAUCAAAGUCCCUUCUGGUAGGCUCCUCCAUCCAGUGGAGAUCUUGUACACUCGAGAACCUGUGAUGGACUAUCUCGAGUCUGCCAUAAGCAAAGUUAUCCAGAUUCACACGUGUGAGCCACCUGGUGACGUUCUUGUUUUCUUGACCGGGGAAGAAGAGAUUGAACAAGCUUGCAGCAGAAUUGUCCGCAGUCUUGGAGAUCAAGUCACAGUUGUGCCCUUGUAUUCCUCUCUUCCACCAGCUUUGCAACACAAGAUCUUCGAUCCUACACCACCACCACAUUCAGUGAGAAAGAUCAUCGUCUCCACCAACGUUGCUGAGACUUCUUUGUCCAUGGACGGGAUUGUUUAUGUGGUUGAUCCUGGUUUCUCCAAGCAAAAGAACUAUAGUUAUCUCACUACUGACGAGCUCUGGUUUGUGUCCCGAAUAUCACAAGCAAGUGCUUACCAGAGAGCAGGACGUGCCGGUAGAAAAUGUUUUAGGCUCUACACUGAGAAGACUUUCAAUGACUUCAUGGAUAAGGAGAUUCCUGAGAUACUUAGAUCAAACCUUGUUAAAACAGUUUUGACUUUAAAAAGGCUAGGGGUGGAGGACUUGACAUAUUUUGAAUAUAUAGAUCCUCCUUCCACUCGAAUGCUCUUUCGGGGCAUGGAGGAUUUGUUUCAUCUAGGAGCAAUGGAUGACCAAGGUAACUUGACAAAUAUAGGCCACAUGAUGGAGAGUUUGGAAGAGCCACUUUGAAUUUUUUUAUAAAGUUCUUUUCAUAAUAUAUUUUUUUUGUUGCUGAGAGAUACUAAAAUAUAUGAAAAUUAUUAUAAGCGCGUAGCUUCAAUUUUUAUUUUAUAAAUAUUAUUAAUUUUUUUUUGGGACAAAUAAAUAUUAUUAAAUUUAUUUGUCGAUUUGUUAACUUUGAGUUUAUAUAAAUUGUUUUUUUUCAUAAUGAAGAUAGCUUCUUAAAUGGAAACAAUUACAAUUGGUGUUUUGUU